AAGGUUUUGUUGGCAUCGACGCAUACAGAGAGACCGCGCGAAAAGAGAAAAGGGAAAGAUGCAGAUCUUCGUGAAAACCCUAACGGGGAAGACGAUCACCCUCGAGGUUGAGAGCAGUGAUACCAUUGACAAUGUCAAGGCGAAGAUCCAAGACAAGGAAGGGAUUCCUCCUGACCAGCAAAGAUUGAUUUUUGCUGGGAAACAGCUCGAAGAUGGCCGAACCCUAGCUGACUACAACAUCCAGAAAGAGUCUACGCUUCAUCUUGUUCUGAGGCUGCGUGGAGGAAUUAUCGAGCCUUCCCUGAUGGCCUUGGCUAGGAAAUAUAAUCAGGACAAAAUGAUUUGCAGAAAAUGCUAUGCUCGCCUGCACCCAAGAGCAGUAAAUUGCCGCAAGAAGAAGUGUGGUCACAGCAAUCAGCUGAGGCCUAAGAAGAAGAUCAAGUGAGCUAUAGGAGAUCUGUUUUGCAUCUGGUGGGAUGGUUGGAGCUUCAAGAUACUUGUGAAUUUGUCCUCACCGGUUGCUUAAUUAGCUUUGGAUAGGGAUUGUCUUUUUUUCCCCCCGUUUUCUCUAUGUUGCAGUACAUUAAGAUCUUGAAAUUUGAUGAAAUAUGUUUUUGGAAACGGCACAGUUGCAUAAUCUUUAAUAGUUUUGCCAA